CACAUCGGUGUAUUGCUAGUUGAAUUUUUUUUUCGCGCACGGUCGGAUAUAAAGCAUUGUAUGAAACAAUUGGUGGCUGCAGAAAGAAAUACAAUAAAAAUGCAGAUGCAAACAUAUAAAUUGGUGGUCGUCGGUGGUGGCGGCGUAGGAAAAUCAGCCAUAACGAUACAAUUCAUACAGAGCUAUUUUGUGACAGACUAUGAUCCAACCAUCGAGGAUUCCUAUACCAAACAAUGUGUCAUAGACGAUGUGCCAGCCAAGCUGGACAUUUUGGAUACGGCUGGACAGGAGGAGUUUAGUGCAAUGCGGGAGCAGUAUAUGCGUUCGGGCGAGGGAUUUCUGUUAGUGUUCUCCUUGAAUGAUCAUUCCAGCUUCGAUGAGAUACCAAAGUUUCAGCGACAAAUAUUGCGUGUGAAGGAUCGCGAUGAGUUCCCCAUGCUGAUGGUGGGCAACAAAUGCGAUUUGGAGCAUCAGCGUCGGGUGUCGCUGGAGGAGGCGCAGAAUACGAGCAGAAAUCUAAUGAUACCCUACAUUGAGUGCAGUGCCAAGUUGCGUGUCAAUGUCGAUCAGGCAUUCCAUGAACUGGUGCGCAUUGUGCGUAAAUUUCAAAUCGCCGAGAGGCCCUACAUUGAGGAGGGAUACAAGAAGAAGGGCAAGAAGAAGUGCUGUCUGAUGUAAGCAAAACGCUUGCAGUUGAAUCUCACAAUCUGGUGACAACAGCAGCAGCAACAGCGAACGAAUUGUAACGAGUAUAACACCAAAUUUUAAUAAUUAAAUAAUACGGCGCCACGACUGAGCUAUAAAGUAGAGAUAUCGAAUCCAGAGAUCCACCCACAAAUCCCGCAAAAUGUAAUGCAUUUUAUACCGGCCCCGCCCAGUAGCAUCAACGCGAAUCGAGUCACAGCUCACAGCUUCAGUUGCAGCGUUCACGCCCAGCUCGCCAGUUAACUAACUAACAAAAAAAAGAGGAAAAAGAAAAAUAUAAUGAAACUCAAGUAAACAAAUGUCCUUGCGUCCCCAGAGAGCACAGAGCAUACAUCCAUACAUGAAUACAUAUAUACAUACAUUUAUAAAUACAUGCAUACAUACAUUACAUACAUCCAUAUAUAUACAAGCAUGCAUACAUACAUACAUAUAUAUAUAUAAUAUAUAUUUUUGUAAUAUUAUUUGUUGAUCACAACAAGGCAACAAUUAAGAACAAAAGGUUUUUUAUUAUUACUAUUGUGUGUAUUAUGGUUAAAAGUUGUGGAAAUUUGCGAAACAAAUUUUUGUGUGUGCGACUAGCGAUAUUUGUUUGUUUUCUAAAUGCGAUUAAAUCAAAUCAAAUGAAUGAAAAGUAAAAUUAAAUUUAAUUAAAUUAUAAAAAUGCAAUGCAAUAAUUGAGCCAAGUUUCGUCAUACGUUAAAACGUUUGUUUGUUUUUGUCGAUUAAGCCAAAAGUAAUGUGUUAUUGUAAUUUGUAUUGUUAUUUACUACUAAUAAUAUAUAUAUAUGUAUAUGUAUUACAUAUUUAUAUGCUAUAUACAAAAUACAUACAUACGAAUAUGUAUAAAAUGCUUAGAAUUCAAUAAUUUGUUAUCAAUGAUUGUGUUGUGUUGUGUUUUUUGAUUCAAAUAACAAAUUGAGUGCCUCGUUCUCGUUGCAUUUAGUCAGCGCAUUGAUAACAACAACAAAAACAACAACAACAACUACUACUACAGCAACAAAAACAAAACAACAACAAACACAUACGCAACAACAACAACA